CACGUUGCCUCUCUCAGCUGGAGGCGUCUCGGUGGAGCCGGAAAAUGCGCCCGAAGGAGUCCGGGGCUUGCAGCACCUGGUGCUUCCUACUGCUGUUGCAGCUGGGUUACCGGAGCGCAGCGCAGCUGCGGAGACAAGGCUACUUGAUUGCUGCUCCUUCUGUGUUCCGUUCUGGAGUAGAGGAGGUUAUUAGUGUGACAAUCUUUAAUUCCGUAAAGGAAACUACCGUGCAGAUUCAGCUAGUGGUCAAAGGAGAGACCGUAGCUCGGGGCCAUGGAACCAUUCUUGAUAAAGGGACAAUCAAGUUCAAGGUGCCUUCAGGUCUUCGUGGACAAGCACACUUGAAGGUUUGGGGUAAUCGCCACCUGACAGAAGAUGGCUACAUCUUUCAUAACUACACCACGGUGACAAUUGACAGCAAAGGAUCUUCUGUGUUCAUCCAGACAGACAAGCCUUUGUACAAACCAAAGCAGAGAGUGCUCAUAAAUUUAUUCAUGGUUUCUCCAGAACUGAGACCAGUCAAUGAGAAGCUGGAAGCCUACAUAGUGGACCCUCGGGGAUCUCGAAUGAUCGAAUGGAACAACCUAAAGCCCCUAUGUUGUGGUAUUGUCAAUAUAAGCUUUCCUUUAUCUGAUCAACCUGUCUUUGGAGAGUGGUUUAUUUUUGCUGAAAUGCAAGGGCAUACGUACAACAAAUCAUUUGAAGUUCAGAAAUAUGUGCUGCCCAAGUUUGAGCUCCUCAUUGAGCCACCUCAGUAUAUUAGAGAUCUUGCAACCUGUGAAAAGGGGACUGUUCAUGCCAGGUAUACAUUUGGGAAGCCAGUAACUGGAAAAUUGAUGAUCAACAUGACUAUAAAUGGUGUGGGCUACUAUAGACAUGAAGUGGGACACCCUGUUCUCAGAACUAUGGAGAUACACGGCUCUGCAGUCUUUGACGUGUGUGUGAAGGAUAUGAUGCCAGCUGAUGUCCCGGAGCACUUUCGAGGCACUGUCAAUAUUUGGGCAACGGUGACCAGUGUUGAUGGCAGUCAGCAGGUUACAUUUGAUGAUUCUACCCCCGUGCAAAAACAACUUAUUGAGAUCAGAUAUAGCAAGGAGACCCGAAAGCAGUUCAAACCUGGUCUGCCUUACAGAGGAAAGGUGGAAGCAUCUUACCCUGAUGGUAGCCCAGCCAGUGGAGUAUUGAUCCGUAUCAAAGCUGAGUUGACUCCAAAGGACAACAUUUACACCAGUGAAUUACUUUCCCAAGGAGGGAUAGUACACUUUGAGAUCCCUACAAUCCCUCCCUCUGCUCAGUAUGUUUGGCUGGAGACAAAAGUGUUAGCAAUCAAUGGAAAACCUGCUGGGAAACAAUACCUACCCAACUAUUUAUCUAUUAGCAGCUGGUACUCCCCAAGUAAAUGCUACCUACAGCUCCAGGCUCCUGAGUCAUCCUUUCAGGUGGGGGACGAAGUCCGUUUUCCCGUAAAGUCCACCUGUCCUUGUGAUUUUACUUUAUAUUAUGAAGUUGCAUCACGAGGCAACAUUGUGCAGUCAGGCCUGCAGCCUGCCAAUGUCACACAGCAAAGAAGCAAGAGAGAUGCACCUCCCUCAGACCAGACCAGCCAUGUAACCCACAUCCCAGGAACAACUUCUCCAGAGACUCCAGGUGCUGAGGUUGAGGUGUGUGUGACAUACCUAUAUCUUCGAGUCACCCCCAGUAUGGCUCCUUUCAGCCGUCUAUUGGUGUACUACGUAAGGGAGAAUGGAGAAGGAGUCACAGACAGUCUACAGUUGGCGGUUCAAGCCUCAUUUGAAAACCAGGUUUCAGUGACAUAUUCCUCCAAUGAGACAAGACCUGGAGAUAUUGUUGACAUGAAGGUCCGAGGUGCUAAAGGAAGCUGUGUCUGUAUUGGGACUGUCGAUAAGAGCAUUUAUCUCCUCAAGACAGGAUUUCAGCUGACACCUGCUCAGGUUUUCCAGGAAUUAACAGAAUAUGAUGUUUCUGAUACCUUUGGGACACCCAAGGAAGAUGGGCAUUUCUGGUGGCCAGGGAUGUCCUCCCAUAGACGCCGACGCCGGUCUUCUGUUUUCCCUUGGCACUGGGAUAUUGCAAAAGAUGCACGAUUUGCAUUUACUGAAACUGGGCUGGUGGUCAUGACAGAUUCAGUUAGCUUGAAUCACAGACAAGAUGGGGACAUGUACACAGAUGAGGCUGUACCAGCCUUCCAGCCACACACAGGCACGCUGGGCAGCACAGCACAUUCAAAGAUCACACCCAGAGCUGAGAAGAGAAAAAGGACUUUCUUCCCUGAAACAUGGAUGUGGCGUUGUCUUAAUAUCAGUGACCCUUCUGGUGAGGAGUCUCUUCGAGUGGAAGUACCUGACUCCAUCACAACCUGGGUAACGGAAGCUGUUGGCUUAUCUGCAGUGCAAGGACUAGGUAUUGCCAAACCAACUGAACUGAAAACAUUUAAGCCAUUCUUCAUAGAAUUCACCCUUCCGUACCAUGUCAUCAGAGGGGAACAAACCAAAAUCCCUCUUAGUGUCUACAAUUACUUGGCCAUUUGUGUAGAGGUGUACGUGAAAAUUUCCGUUCCCAAAGGCAUAAAGUUUGUUGGACACCCUGGUAAACACCAUCUGACGAGGAAAAAAUGCGUGGCUCCGGGAGAAGCCAAACCCACUUCCAUAGUCUUGUCUUUCAGUGAGCUCGGCCUCAGCAAUAUCACAGCAAAAGCAUUUGCUUAUGGUGAAACAAACUGUUGUCAAGGCAAUUUUCAGAUCCCCAAAGGCAGCAAACAUCCAGAGGAUAAUUACUUUGACAAGAGAACUCCAGUUGGGACAGAUUACAUCAGAAGUAGUGUCAUUAUUGAGCCAGAAGGACUAGCAAGAGAAUAUACCUAUAGUGUAUUCUUCUGUCCCAAUGAGAAAAUUCACAUUUCAACUCCGAAUAAGUACGAGUACCAAUAUGUUCAGAAGCCACUGCGUAUGACUCACUUUGAUGUUGCUGUGAAAGCUCACAAUGAUGCCCAUUUUGCACUGUCGUCUGGUUCCCAUGACACAGCAGAGAUGACAGAGAUUGUCAUUGGCGGGCACCAAAAUUCCAAGACAUGGAUUUCCUUGAGCAAAAUGGGUGACCCUGUGGCUAGUGUAGACACAAUUGGAAUUCUCUCUUGGGAUGAAUUCCGGACUUUUUGGAUCAGCUGGAAAAAUGGAAUUAUCCAGGUAGGCCAUGGGAUCGAACCAUCCAAUGAAUCUGUCAUUGUAGAGUGGGGCCUUUCCAAGCCAGGAGAGGUGAAGUACAUUGGUUUCUCAACGGGAUGGGGGUCCAUGGGAGAAUACAAGAUCUGGAGGAAAGAGGAGACUGAUGAAAACCACAAUGAAGCAUUUACCCUUGGAGUCCCACUUAAUGUGAUCCCCGGAUCAGAAAGAGCAACUGCAUCCAUAAUAGGAGACGUAAUGGGUCCAACUUUGAAUCAUCUCGAUAACCUUCUACGACUGCCCUUUGGCUGUGGAGAGCAAAAUAUGAUCCAUUUUGCCCCCAACGUUUUUGUCUUAAAAUACCUUCAGAAAACCAGACAGCUCAGCCCUGAGGUGGAGAGUGAAGCUACAGACUACCUCGUUCAAGGGUAUCAGCGCCAACUGACUUACAAGCGCCAAGAUGGCUCAUACAGUGCUUUUGGGGAAAGGGAUGCUUCAGGGAGCAUGUGGCUAACGGCUUUUGUCCUGAAGUCCUUUGCCCAGUCACGGGGGUUUAUUUUCAUUGAUCCUAAGGAGCUGGUAUCUGCCAAGGACUGGAUCAUUCGGCAUCAGAAGGAAGAUGGCUCCUUUCCUGCUAUGGGAAGAAUAUUGAACAAAGACAUCCAGGGUGGGAUCCAUGGAAAGAUCUCUCUGACUGCAUACGUGGUGGCAGCUUUACUGGAGACGGGAAUCACUUCUGAGGAAGAAAAAAUAGCUAUUAGCAAAGCAAAACAUUUUUUGGAGUCCAACUUGUACUCAGCAGAAGAUCCAUAUAGCAGCGCCCUCACUGCUUACUGCCUUACUCUCUUGCACAGUCCAGCUGCUCCAGCUGUGCUUCGGAAACUGAAUAGCCUGGCCAUCAUGCAAGAUGGAUUCACACAUUGGAGCUUAACGGGAACUCUUGUUACUGAUGAGGACACAUUUAUGGGAUUUAAUGAUGGACUUUCUCAAUCAGUUAUUUCAGCAGAGGUGGAGAUGACAGCCUACGCAUUACUGACUUAUACACUCCUGGGAGAUGUGGCGUCGGCGUUGCCGGUGGUCAAGUGGCUGUCGCAGCAGAGGAACGCACUCGGGGGGUUCUCGUCCACACAGGACACUUGUGUGGCUCUGCAGGCCCUGGCAGAAUACGCUAUCCUAUCUUACAUUGGAGGAGUCAAUCUCACCAUCUCUUUGGCGUCAACUAACUUAGACUACCAGGAGACAUUUGAACUGAACAAGUCCAACCAGAAAGUCCUGCAGACAGCGGUGAUACCUAGUAUUCCUACCGGACUCUUUGUCAGCGCCAAGGGAGAAGGCUGUUGCCUGAUGCAGAUUGAUGUAACCUAUAAUGUGCCUGACCCAAUUGCCAAGCCAGCUUUCCAGCUCUUUGUGAACCUCAAGGAACCCAAAACUGAGAGACACCGCUUUCAGUCUCCACUUGGAUUGGUCUCUCCAGCGAAGAAACUGGAAACCCUUCAAAGAGACUUGCCCCUUGUAGAUGAUGACGAUCCAGCAUCUGAUCAAGAUCACCAAGAGUACAAAGUGAUCCUGGAAAUAUGUACCAGGUGGCUUCAUUCUGGAUCCUCAAACAUGGCUGUUCUGGAGGUCCCUCUCUUCUCAGGUUUCCGAGCUGACCUUGAAAGCCUGGAGCAGUUACUGAUGAACAAGCAGAUUGGACUCAAAAGAUACGAAGUUGAAGGAAGGAAAGUCCUUUUCUAUUUUGAUGAGAUUCCAAGCCAGUGUUUGACCUGUGUGAGAUUCCAGGCCUUCCGAGAGUACAUUGUUGGGAAGACUGCCCCCAUGCCAAUCACUGUGUAUGAUUACUAUGAGCCAGCAUUUGAAGCAACCCGCUUCUAUAAUGUCAGUGAAAGCAGCCCCCUGGCUAGAGAACUGUGUGAUGGGCCCACUUGCAAUGAGGUGGAAAGUUCAGCCAGUCAAGGACCUGGUCUGAUUCACAAUGGUCCAUGCAACGUCCCAGGCUGCCUGGCUGAGGAGUCCUUUGAACAGUGUCUCUGCUCUCGGGACUGCGGCUAUGAUGGGGACCCCGUGUGUGGAUCCGAUGGAGUCAUCUACCAAAACCAUUGUCAGAUGGAGGUAGCUGCCUGCAGAAACAGCACCAGGAUCGAGCAGGCGUCUGCAGCCCACUGCACUGCAACUGCUGAGAGCCCAGUACAGUCACCAUCGGACAUCGCCUACUACUUCUACGAGUAUGACCCUGACCCCUAUGGCUCUGAGGCCGAGAGCUUUGACGUCAGGCCAGAGCUGACGACAGUCAGCAGUGCUUCUGAAGGCCCCUGGAAGGAAGGACGCGGAGACCGCAUGGAAUGAAAUGUCAAUCUUCCCAGGAGAAGUAACCCAGAGGGUGACUCCUUGAUGGCUUUGCUCAGAUUGAUGACUUUGUGGAGAGCAAGAAGCACUUGGAUCUUCCUCACCCGCUGCAAAAAGCCUUCUGUCCCUUCCCUAGCCAUGCUGAGUCUGUAGGGGAACAAGGCUCAAUCUGGACCAGCCCCUGCACUUCACACUCGGCACAACCACCCCUUGCCCCCAUACGUGCACUUCCUGCCUCUUUUGUCAAGUUUCUAUAGAGCUUCUGGCACAUGAGUAACCGUUGAGAGCAGGAAUGGCAUUUGAGCAAGAGCCUUUUGGCGGGGCAGAAAGGGGCCAGGGGAUCUAUUUACUUUGGAGCAAGCCACUGUUCCCUGCCUUCUUGGUGCCUUCUUUUUGUAUAGAAUUUUUCACUUUUGAUCAAUGAAUCUUCACAUCAAUCACCUCAUUUUAACCUCUUGACAAUCUGUGAGUUAGGGUAGGGCAGGUAUUAGUCCAAUUUUACAGGUGAAGAAAAUGAUGUGAGAAUCUUUAGAGUACCCCUCCCACUAUGUACAAAGGCCUGUUCUUGGCUUUAAGGGGAAACAAAGGUGAAUACAAUGAUUUCUGCCCUCAUGGAAUCUGGAAGGAAGGAUAUGAUGUAUCAAUGAAUGAAUAGUACAGAUGACCUACCCGAUAUCAACUCAACAUAGCAAAUAAAGUGCUAGGAGUGUGGGGGGCUGGAUCCUGGUCCAAAUUCUGAACCUAACUGGCUGUGUGACUCUAGGCACAUUUCCCCAUCUGUAACAUAGUGACAAUACCUGCUAUACCCUGUUUUGAAGGGCUGUGGUAAGGCAGACACAAAACAAAAGAAAUAACAAUCUGCUGAACAAAAAUGAUACCACCUAGAAAUGUGAUGUCUUGUGCCUGGCCUCCAGGUCUCUGGUUUCUGAAGCUACAGCUUAGAGCUGACUCAGCCCUGGCCCGUGCUUUGCUGCCCCAGGAUUGGCCAAGAGCCACAAGACGCAAAGCAAGGAGGAAGCACGUGCCUCUGGGCAGAUUUAGAAAGAAAUUGUUAAUAAAAUCUCAGUAUCUAAAA